GGUUUUUUAGAUUGCCAUAAACAACAUGGCGGACACCUUGCGAAAAACGAAGAUGUAAACAAAUAAUUUUCGUCGUAAGAUGUAGCCGCUGCAUUUAACUAUUGUUUCAGUGGACAGAAGAAACAAAAACAAUCAUGCCUUCGGUGACUGCUCUAAGCCGGACCAUAUCGGGUCCUAUAGGGCUACACGAGGGCUCUAAAGAAUUGCCACUUGUGGAAACUAUGCAACUGGUAGAGCCCCGAAGAGAGAAGACUGUACCUAAUCACCUUCUUGAAACAAAAAUAUACUCCAAAGUUUCUCAAAAUGCCAUGGUCCUGGCUAAACCUGCAAUCAUACACUUUGGAGGUUUUGAGGUGGAUAAGAAACAUGUACAAUCCUUGCAGAUUGUCAAUGCCUCCACCGAAGUUAUUAAUAUGCAUAUCAUUCCCCCACAAACGAAGUACUUCUAUAUCAAAUACAAGAAAACGGAGCGCUUGGUGCCCGGGCUAACCAUUGAUUGUACGAUAGAGUUUAGUCCCGAUGAGUGGAGAUAUUACUAUGAUAGUAUUAGAAUCAACUGUCCAGGGGAGGAGAAUCUGGUGAUUCCGAUUCAUGCCUACCCUGUGAUGAGUACCAAGGACUUCCCCACACAGUUCAGUUUCCCACCGGUGCCUGUGGGACACAAAAUGACACAGUUAUUCCCCUUGAGGUGUGAGGGACCAGUUGAUUUUGAGUACCAGCUUAUCUAUGUACAACCCCACCCUUCUUUUACAGUGCACCCAAUGAAUGGAAUAAUUCCAGCUCACGGACAAACAGAGGUCUCUGUAACGUUUGCUCCCCUGGAGUUCCAGACAGCUCUCAUGAAGAUCCAGCUGACCAUUUCUCAGUUUAACUCUCAGCCCAUUGUGUGCACAUUUACGGGAGUCUCUACCCCUGGGCUGCUGAAAGAUAUCUCCAUGCAGAAUCAGGAAAUUGAUGACAAUGUCCUUGACCCUCGCUGUCUUUCUCCGCUGGACAGGUCGCGGGAGAAGAGGAAGCUGGCCUUCAAGAUAAAACCCAAAGCUACAAAGCAGCAAACUCCACAGAUUCAGGAAGUAGAGUACAAUGGUGUGAGGUUUCCUCCCAAACUGAACACCCCGUUUGCUGUGGCACAAGUUCUGAACCAGGAGCCGGGGAAGCUCCGAGCCAAGGAUCUCCGAGAUACUGUGUUGGCACAGAAACAGACCAAUAAGCCAGCCACUCGCCAGAUGAAGGAAGCCAUGUUUGAGCACAAAGUGAGACAGAACGUCUAUGAGGAACGACAGAACCAACUUCGAUGGCAGGUCAAACUCGGGGACGAUCAGAUCACAAACUCGGACCGAGCCCAGAUCCUGGAGGACCGAGAUCAGGCCUGGAAGGAAUACAAGUAUGAUAAAAGGGGAGACCCUGUGAUAGAGGAGGAAUACAAGCGGACAGAAACCAAGUGUACAUUUCGACGUACGUUUCGUGACCACACAGAUUUAGCCCCAGAGACGGCCAUGUUUGACACGUACAGUAACGAUCUUUGGGCCACUCGGCAUGCUGCGCUCGGAAAAUUUGCUCAAGCUGCCAGAAAGGUGGUUAUACAUAGGAGAGCCAACUGGAAGGUCAAGGUCCUUAAGAAGGUCGUCCAGGACAUUCUGGAGCAGGAAAGGAAUGUGGAGACAAGGACAGCCCUUUUGGAAAAGAAAGAAAAGGAGGAGGAGAUGGAGUUGAUCCCUCACGAGAUCCAGAUCACUGCCGAUAAAAUCAAGAAAUUCACCUUCCCAAUCUAUGUCCCUCCAAAUGUCAAAGACGAUAUGGCCCCUGAUGCUCUCGGUAAAGUCCCGUACAAACCCUCAGAGGUUGUGGUCAAGAGGAAAGUACCCUUCUUUGGUCUCAAAGUCCCCAAGCAUUAUUCGUUACUAGGUUAUGACAAACACCUUGUGCAUGAAGCCUCGCGGGGAUAUGUGGCUCCCAAGCUGCCACGCCCUCUCAGGACAGGGGCAGAGGAUGAGAGUAUCAGGAUUGCUGUGCCAGUGGAGGAAAUAGAGGCUCCCCCUACGGAAGCUGCGGCAGUGGAAGAUGCCACACAGGAAGUGGUUCGGGAGGGGUCCGCCGUGAAGAAGACCCAGCAAGUGGUGGCACUGACACCACCAAAGGCUCUGUUCCAACCAAUAGAAUAUCCGUCCCUCCAUAUAUUUAACCCCGCCCCAGGGCUACAGGUAUUCCAGGCCCCGGUCCCUUACUCGGAGACUGACUCGGACUUCCACCUGUGCCCCAUACCUACCUACUUCAAGAAGGACCAUGCCACUAAUCCGCACUCCGCCACACAGAGGCGGUACCUGGACAGAGAGGACACAAUCAGGGGCAUUAUGGGAUGGAAGAAGUUCCCCUCCCAGGGCCUGACCUCCCUGGCCAACACCCCCACCCUGACCAGUGUGUGGGUCCCUCGAUGGGAUGACCAGUUUGGCAGUGACCUUCUCCCAGAGGAAGUCCCCGUUCUUCUUGAUCAGUUACCAGAGGAUGACAGGCAAAACAUUGAAGAUGAAGACCAUGAGAACUUCACACAAAGUGUAGAAAUGACCUUGACCCCUGAUAUGGUGGCUGCCCAGUUUUCAAUUAUUGACCCCAAGGUUCCAACUGAGGAAAAAAUAGCACCAGAUUCUUUCCCUCAUGGAAAUAAGCUACCAUCCACCAAUAUACCUGUGUCUACAUAUGGUCCAGUACCGAGAGAAAAAAGAGAAGAGGAAUUAGAAUAUUUUAUGACCAAGAAAUACAACCGUUUAGGAUCCAAGAUUCAGACACGAAAUACCACUCUGUCCAAUAUUGUUACAGACCCAGAUCUUCUUCUGAAGUGAACAAAAUUAUUAUUCUGAAUUUUCUCUGUUUACACCUCAUCAGUGAAUAUCUGUGCACAGUAACUAUAUCAAACCUCAAUACCUUUUAAUUUUCUGUCUUGAAAGAAAUCUGUUAUAAGAGAAUGUUUGUUACAAGUUGUUUUGAAAAAUUGAUGGAAUGCUUGAAGAAAACUUUUAGUGUGGAACUUUUGAGAUAGAGAGUCUGAAUAUCUUAUUGAAGAUUUAUUAAUUGAUUCAAAUACAGAAUUGAGUGUAAAACUUUUAAAAAGAGUGCUCCAGCUUAUGAUUUCAGCCGUCCAAACCUUGUGAAAUCUGUGAUAAAUAUGUAUGUAUCCAUACAUUUUGUAAAUAAAAUGUCUAUUUAUAUUUGA